AUGCAGGAGCCAGCAAAGGUGCCCCGCCGGACCAGCAAGAAGCUUCUUCAAGGACUGAGAAGAUACCAGGACAGCUUUCCGCAGGCGAACAGCUUUCUGCUAUGGCUGCUGUGCCUUCUGGUGAUUUCCUCGGCGCCUUUCAACGCACCUUUCGACGAGGCCAUGCUUGGCUUCAGUCAUGGCGCUGCCACGCUCUGUGUGAUGGCGGUGGUCUUGGCAUGUGGACCUCGACUAGGUCUAGGUGACUUCCGGCACUUCCUGACAGUGCUAGCGCUGCUGCUCUGGCCCCGCAGCGAGCAGCGGUGGUGCCGAGGAAUGUUGAAGGCCGGCCAGACCGCGGAGGUGCUGGCACCACGUGCAGCACUAGGGUUCGUGUUGCUGGAUGAUCUGCUGCGUGCCGUGCUCCGGUACUUCGAGGGCGAGCCUGCAGAGGCCUGGCCCUUUGCACUCACGAGCCGCGGCCUCUACCAGCUCUGGAGCCAAGACGAAGAGUGGUGGGAGGCUUGCUACCGAGGCGCUGCUUGGCACAGGCUUCCUGUCAGACUCGCACCGCCGAGCAUCAAUCGGCUGAUGAAGGAGGCCAUGCUUCUGGCCUCCAUGAUGGCGGAGACAUUCGGGAUGAUGGUGCUGCUUCAGAAUUCCAGCACCGCCACAUCUUGGGCGGCUGCACCCUGCAUAGCUUCAACCCUCCUGGUGGUCUCAUGCUCACCCUGGCUGCCAAGGCAGUCUGACCUGGUGCUCGUUGAGAUGUCGCGACUCCUCAGCCUUGUGAGCAAGUUCGCCGUCUACGUGCAGACUUUGCUUCUCCUCCUGUCCCUGGUGGCUCAGCCGCAUUCCCCGCUACGCUGCAGCCUACACCAGGACGGCGAGGGGCUGACCGGCGCGUUCUUCUAUCUGGAGACGGCGUCUCUCGUCGUCCUGUGCAGCGUGGUGACGUACCAACUCCUGGCUGUGGUGGCUCGCUGCCGUGCCGCCUCGCCACUCUAUGCAGUGCCAGCGGAGGACGUGACGAAGUCGGAAGGAGCGGAGGAUGCAGAGGAGGAACGACAUCCCAGAUGCUUGGCUCACGUGAUGCAGCAGAGCCAAAUUCAGCCAAACGGAAUCAAUGCUUCCCGGCUGCUUUUGGGUUCAAGAGCCAAGAUGACAAAUGCAACCCACGCCACAUCCCACACAACCUUCAGCAAUGCUCUAAGAGCGUGUUCCACACACGCCACACCCCCAUUCUUUACUGGUUGCAUCGCUCUGCUCUCGCACGUGCGUUGCUACGACGAGAUGGCGUCCGGUCGGACUCUGGUCUUCGGUGGCCGCGGCUUUGUGGGCGCGGCGAUCUGCAAGGAGCUAGCCAAAAGAGGACUCACUCCGGUGCUAAGUCUGAGCCGCUCCCAGCCGGCCCAAUCCGAGGGCUCCACAAUUCAGGAAGUGGGUGGUGUGGAUGCUCUGAAGCCAGAGACGUUCGAGUCUCUUCUUCCAGAUGCGCGGGCUGUCGUGAUAGCCAUCGGCGAGCCCCCAUGGGUGACGGAUAAGGAGCGUGCGAUGAGGUCGAAUGGAACGACCAACAUCACCAUUAUGCAGACGGCUGCGAAGCACAAGGUUCCUCGUGUGGUGCUCGUCAACGCCACGAUGCCAAGCUGGGGUGUCAUAGCUGGAUACCGCGAGGGAAAGUUGGCCGCGGAGCGAGAGGCCUUAAGCUAUCCAGAGAAGUGCGACUCUCCCUGCAGUGUCCUGGUGAUCAAGCCGGGAGCCAUCUCCGGCACGCGCCAGGAAGGUUGCUUUCAAGUGCCGUUGUGGCUGCUGCUAGAGCCAAUGCGCUUGGUAAUGUCGGCCUUGUCAGGGCCCUGUGAGGCCAUCGAGAGAUGCUUCCCCAGCCUCUUUGGAGGUGUCUUGCGGCCGCCGGUGCGAGUGGAGGAAAUUGCGACGGCGGCAGCAGAUGUCGUUGAGGACACGUCUUUGAAGGGCAUCCGCGAGAUCGGCACGAAGGAGCUCGUUGGUUACACGAGUGCCAGCUCCCAAAAGAAAGGCACUCGAAGAGACGGCCUUGCCUCGGCAUUUGCCAAUUUUCGCUUCGCGGCAACAGACCGCGCCGCUGUACCUGGGAGCGACAUUGGGGUCUUUCGCUCCGACGCAGCUCUGCGCUUGGGAGGCUUCCCAAAUCCCCACUGCCAGAUGCCGAACACGCAGCCCAGCAUCACACUCGAGAAGGGUUGCCUUAAUCGCCGAUUGCUCAUUCGUUUCUCCGUUGUGUGGGCGCUGAGCAUUGCCGCUUGCUUGGCCAUGUCAAACUGCUUGAAGGGCAUCGGUACCUUUUGCAGCCGUGGCAAGAAGGAGGAGGCUCAGCCCCUCGCGGACCAGGCCGCCUCGGCCGCCUCUGCUAAGCAAGCACCCUUUCAGGUAACCACGUCGGAUGGUGCACAGGCCAAGCAAACGCCCAAGACGGCCGAGGCUCCGGCCUCCGCGAAAGCACCAGAGGUCGCCGUCUGUGAGAAGCCCAAGCAGGAGGAGACCAAGCCCGGCGCGGGCACCGCAGCUCCAGCUCCAAAGGCUGCCUCCAGCCAGGCCCAAAAGCCCGAGAGACGCCGUGCACCGGAUGGCCGAGCCUACACCUACUCCGAGUUUGUCAAGUACUUCGGCAAGAAGCAGGGUGAGAUGCAGUGGACCUAUGCUCGCAGCCUCCGGCUGGUUGAGAGCACAGAAAGCUUCUUAGACUCUCUAGCUCACCUCUUGUCACACCUGGAGGCACUACACGUUCGGAUUGAGGAGGUGGAGAAACGGAGGAACGGAGGAAGUUCCAAGGGCCCUCGACUCGCCCUCCCCAGUCUGCUCGCCACAGGCCUUUGGACCAGCCUCUUGUGCGUCUUCGGUGUAAGUAUUGGACCAUCCUCGGAUGGCGAAAGCUCAUUCUUGCUCCAGGCAUCACUUUGUGUCCUGCUGCUCGCACGCUUGGCGUACAGCUGGUACCAGGUCUUUCUGCGCAACAUGCGCGGUUUCCGGACGGCGGAGCACUCCGAAGAGUUCGAGGUCAGAGACCUGCGUCGCCAGACAUGCUCUUUGCACAGGCAGCUUGCAGAAACGCAGCACAUGAUUCUGCAGCUCGAGGCUAGGCUCCCCAAGCCCAGCGGCCUUGCGUCGUUUGAUAAAGUUUGGCUGUUGCAAGCACGCGGCUCUUACUUGAUGUCUGCUGCCGUGCUCUUUGCUGGCCAGACACCUGCUGGCUGCCUGUGGCCGGGACCGCGUUCGGCCCCGGCAAUCAAUGUCCACGCCUCGAUGAUAAGACUGCGCAGGUGCCCACAGGCAGCACUACCAUCUCCUGAGAUGUUUCUGGUUCCCACCGUGGCAGUGGCAGCGCUGGCACUAAUGCAGCUGCGGUCCGAUGAGUCUGCUGCAUCAAAACAGCUACAGCAACCACGCGCCCCUGCUAGAGAUUGGCGAGCGAAGCUUGGACAGUUCCAGGUCGUCGCCUUGCCUGGGAAAGGCCUGGGUGCUGUAGCCCUCUGCCGCUUCGAGCCCGGGGAUCUGGUCGCUGAGGAGGCGCCGCUGCUGCAGCUCACCCAAAGCGGAUCGGCCGCGGAGCAGUUCCAGUCUCUUUCAGCUGAGGCCCGGCAGCGUAUCCUGAACCUGAGCGAUUUCGCUGCCGAGAAGACCGUGCAGGGCAUUCUCGACACGAACUGCUUCCAGAAAAGUCUUGGAUCUGCAGACCGGGUCCUGUGUCCUACACUGGCUCGCUUCAACCACUCAUGUGUCCCAAAUUGCCAACACGUCUGGGACAGCGAUGCGGAAGUGAUGCGCAUCUUGGCCUCGACAGACGUCGUAGCUGGCGAAGAGCUCAGCGUGGACUACAUCGACAUCCGUCAGAGUCGCGAGCAGCGGCAAGCUCUGCUGAGCCGCAAGUACGGCUUCAAGUGCACCUGCGCCUCAUGCCAGAGUGAAGAUGAGGAGAGUGACCGAAGGAGGUUGAGCAUGGCUCGCAUUGAUGCCGAGAUCGGAAGCGCUUCCGCAGAAGAAGUCCUCAGGUUGGCACAGCGACUGCUGCGCCUCUAUGACGAUGAAGGGCUCCAUCUUCAAGCUCUACGAGGGCGCGCGGCCCUCGACGCCUGCGCGGCCUGCGCCAAGCGAGGGGACGCCCAGGAGACCGCUGCAUGGGCCUCCAGGGCGGCCGAGAGCUACUCCCGUGGUCUAGGUCCUGGACACGAGCUGGUGUGCCUCGGCGCAGAGCACUUGACUAUGCAGCCAGCCCUGAGAGCCAUCGAAGUUGGCGAAGAUGAGAAACAAGACCGCAUAGAGAACGUCAAUGUGGCCAUACCUCGCAGGCAGCGAGAGCGUCUCGGCCCGGAGCUCGUAAGCAUGGGCUGCGCCACAACAGUUGCAAUGGGUUGUGAAGAAUCCAAGCCGGAUCAGACCCAGGAGUGGACGGAGGUACACUCAGCGGAGGGCGGACGACGCAUAGAAGUGCUAAUUCCAGACGGAGCCGUCGAAGGAGCUCAACUUGAUUUCAAAAGCCCUGAUGGAGUCUGGAUGAAGGCAACGGUACCAGAAGGGUAUAACCCUGGCGACAAGAUAUCCGUACUGGUUCCAGAGGAAGCGCCGAAGAAGGAGAAGAAGUUCAAGUCUCUGCACCAGGCCUUCCAGUACAUGGACAAGAAGUUUACCGGCUACAUCACGGAUCACAGCCUGUUCGCUGAGGUUGCCAAAGACCUUCUCGGCCUUGAAGGCACCACUGAGGAGAUUUGGAGCACUCUCGACCAGGAUGGCAACGGGCAGGUGAACUGGCCAGAGUUUGUGGAAUGGGCGGAGGCGAAUCACGUGGAGCUGGAGCUAGGUGCUCCGGGUUUGGGUGCCGACGGCGCCGUCGCCUUCCCUCCCCUCUGGCAGGGGCCAAAAGACGAUCCCUCCUUCGUCGGGCAGUAUGAUGUCGAGGAUGAUGACCAUUUCAAAGAGCUCAUCGAGCUGGUGCGAAAGACCUACAAGAAGGUCUGGACACGAGAUCGCAAGAAGACGGGGUCGGACAAAGUUCCCGCGAGCUUUGAGCUUGUGAAGGCGAAGCGCUGCGAGAACUUGAAAGACUGGCUCGGCCCUCGGGGCUACGGCCAGAGCCACACUCUGCCACACUCCGACUCCGCUAUGAUCGCCCAUGCUUGCAGCCACAAGACCGGCUUCAUGAAGAGACCAGUCCUGACAAGUGAGGCGAAAAAGCUAUCUAAGAGGCAAGGGCUGCGAGGUCACUGCAACGAGUGGUUCCUUUUCCAUGGAACCAGUCCUGAAGCUGCAAAGUCCAUCCUCUCCGGAUCUGGCGAUUUCACCAUCAGCCUGGCCGGGUCGGCAACUGGCACGCUCUAUGGCAGAGGCACAUACUUUGCAGAGUCCAUCACGAAGGCAGAUGAAUAUGCGAAAGAAGAUGAUGACGGCCUCUGCUGCGUGUUGGUGUGCCGAGUUGCUGCAGGGCAUGUCCUUUACAACGAUGAGGUCACCCCAGAUGCUGACAAGCUGCAGCAGAGCUGCAUCUCUGGAGAAACCCAUAGCAUUCUUGGCGACCGCGAGAAGUGCCGAGGCACCUUCAAGGAGUUUGUAAUCUUCGAUGCAGAUCAAGUCUAUGUCGAGUACGCCUUGUUCUACCGACGGAAGUACCAUUGUGAUCCUAUUGGGCUGGAUUGGAUGUUCUUGCACGCUGGUCUUCCUCUGGCCGAGAUGCUUCGAAAUGUUUCACCUGUGACGAUUGCAAGUGCAGCCCGUGUACAGUGCCAGCCGGAGGCCGCACCUGCAGCUAAAAAGGCUUGGGGAUUUUAG